AUGUCACAGAAAGCCAAGGGCAAGUCCGUCUUCGACAAGAAGGAGAAAUCCGGGAGCAAGAAGCAGAAGGAUGCGGCGCUCCCGGUGCAGGAGUCUGUGAACAGCAGGACCCCCCCAUGCCGAGGCGACCCCUUGAAGCCGGGCUUUGCGCCCCCCAGCAGCGCGGCGGGGGCGGGUCGCCGGGCGCGCAGCGCGGCGCGGCCUGCAGGGGGGGGCCUCCUCGUCGUGGACGAGAGAGAUCUGGUCCCUGAAGAACUGGAUGAGCUGCACGAGGCGUUCGUGGAGUUUGACGAGGACAGCGAUGGUUUUGUGAGCUGUAAGGACCUGGGGGAGUGCAUGAGGACCAUGGGCUUCAUGCCCACAGAGAUGGAGCUGAUCGAGAUCUCUCAGCAGAUCAAAAUGAGGCGUGAGUGUGCCGCUCCGCGAUCCAUACCACUGAUCAGCGAGAGAGUAGCGGACUGCAGAAGAGAAAGUCAGAGAAGGAUGGCAAAUGAGAGCGGUGCCUCUAUGUUUAUCGGGGUGUCUCUGUGUUAUCGGGGUGCCUCUGUGUUCGGGGUGUCUCUCAGUUUGACAGGGACAUUUGACAGGGAUGGUGACGGGAUGAUCACUCGCUCGGAGUUCAGGGAGGCGCUGAAGCAUCUUCUGGGGGAGCAGCUGAACACGGCCGAGGUGGAUGAGAUCCUGAAAGACAUCGACGACUGAAUGGCGACGGGCAUGUGGAAC